AUGAAAACAGAUAUUUUUGGCAAAUAUUUAACACCACAUAAAAUUGCUUUAUUAGUAUUAGUUGAAUUAUAUUGUAGCUUUCUUCUACCUCCUAAACAUACAAUUCCAGUCUUAACCUUGGUUAUGGAGCAUUUAGAUCCAUCAUGUGGAAAUCCAUCAACAUUAAAACAUCUUCGUAGCUUUACAUCAGAUAAAGCAAGUCAUCUUCCGGGUAGAACUAUAUAUGAUAUGAUUCUUAAAAGACUUUGGGAUCUUCAAUCAUUAGAUGAUCUUAUUUCGUUUUUUGCUAGUAUUCCAGGUUUAAUUUCUCGGAGACAAUCUCCACCAGUAAUUGGGAGACGAAUGUUAUUAUUAAGUCCAUCUUCUUUUCUUGGAUCUUUUGUUAGAAAAUGUGUAGUUGAAUUUAAUAAUCUUCCAUUGGAUGAUGUAAUUAAAUUAUGGAAAGGUUUGAUAGGAUAUAGAAAUAUUUCAGUACCAAAAUGGUUGCAAAAAAAUAUAGAAAUAACAAUGUUUAAUUCUAGUAUGGGUCUUGAAACUUCAUUAGACGAAGAGAUGGAUGAGAAAAUACAAAAUGAUUAUGAAGAAUGUUUAUCUGUUUCUGAUAUUGAGAGAUUAUUUGAAUUUCAUGUUAGCAAGAUGCAAAAAAAUAAAUCUAAAUUAAGUAAAGAAAUGAAAGAACGAUUGAGGAAAUUUAUGGAACAUAAUGUAUCUGUACCAAAUAUAGUAAAUUAUGUCAAGUUUCUUGAUUCAUGGAGAUCGGGUGAUUAUCGAACUUCAUUUGAUUAUCUUUUUCGCUAUUUUGAUUAUACAAUGCGUAAUAGAGAUAAAACAGGAUAUCAAUAUGCAUUAUUGGAUUUAGCAAUGUUACAAGCAGAUUUUUAUUGUAAUAAAGAGGCUAUUUGGGCUAUUCAAGAAUCAAUUGAUACAGCAAGGGAAAAUAAAGAUCAUGCUUGUCUCAAUUAUGCUUUAUCUUUUCUUACAGAAUUUCAAAGGAAAGAAACAGAAGGAAUAACAGGACAAGGUGUAUCUGAUGAACAAGUGUUAAAUUAUCUUUUGUUAAAGACAAAGGAAACUAAAAUGGUUCAUCUUCAAACUGUAACUUUCUUAGCAGAAGCAAAAAGGGCUCUUUUAGAAGAAGCUAUGAUUGAUAAAGCAUUCGAAAUGGUUUUAAAGUCAUUCAAUUUAGCUUUAGAGUCAUGUUCUACAAGUUUGAUUUCAUCUUGUAUACUUAUGCAAAGUGGGAUUUGGUCAACUUUAGGCUGUUCUUAUCUUUGUUCUGUUUUGUUAUCUAUCUUUAUUAAAUAUCCUUCCGAUGAUGUAUCUUUUGAAGAAGUUGUUAGAUUGCGAUGCGCAUAUGCUUUUCAUUUAUCAAAAGAAGGAAAACUUGAUGAAAGUAAAAAGUUGAUGAUUGAAACUCAAGAGAUCGCAUUUAAGUCACAUAAGGUAUAUCAUGUUUGGUCAUCUUAUUAUUUAUACCAGGAGUUAAAACAAGCAAUUCGUAGAGAAGAUCUUCGGUAUGCAGAAAAAAUUUACCAACAAUUAUCUUCGAUUGAUGUUGACGGUGAUGUUUCGUUUUAUAUUUCUGUUUCUGAAAUAGAACUUGAAGCAAGAAAAGGGAAUUUUUCUUUGUCUUUUGAUAAACUUUCGAUUAUGCAAAAUCGUGUAAAAAUGUCUGGAUUUGAAGGUUUAUAUCACUUAAUGUUGUUAUUAGUAUCGGCACAACUUUACAUUGAAUGUCAACAGCCUUUAAAAGCUUUUUCAAUUGCAUCAAAAUCUAUUGUUUUAGCAACAGCGCAUCAUAAUGUGUCGUUAGUAAUAAAAGCAAUUUUAUUAUUUUCACAAAUAUUGUUAUGUUUAGAAGAGUUUUUCGCUGCAUAUGAUAUUGUUCAAAGAUUCAUGCCAAAAAUAUUAGAAACUUCUGAUCUCGAGCACGAAAGCAUUGCUUACUUUAUUAUGGCUGAAAGUCUGUUUGGACGUUAUCAAAAGGACAAAAAUCUUGAAAUAAAUAUAGCAGAACAAGAGGAAAUUUCAGAUCUUCUAGAUCAGGCAUUAAAAGGUUUUCUAAAAUUACAAGAUGUUAAAUAUGAAAAUAAAGUAUUAAGAAAAAAAUUCGAAUUUUGUCAAAGAACUGGACGGAUUUUUGAAGAUAAAUUGAAUUAACCCGGUUAAAUUUUAGUGGUACAGGAGACUAAUAAUUUAAAAUAAAUAUACAAAAUAUAUGAGUUGUUUAUUUUUUUUAUAAGUAUGUUGUUAUCUGUUUAUAAAAAAACUCAUAAUAAGCUCAUAUGAGCCAAACAUAAUAGCAGCAUUCGGUAUGACACGCAAAAGAUGUACAACAAGUCCUCCAUAUAAUGCAGAAAUACCUUCUUCUCUCCAUAUUAAGCAAAAACAUUGCAUUAAUCCUUUAUACUUUAUAUAUCCAUUUCGAGCAGGAAAUUGGCGUAAUCUCGUUCUUACAACCUAUAGAAUAUACAAUUAAAAAAUAUAACAAUAAUAGCAAUAUAAUUCACUUCAUGAGGAUAUGUAAGAAUUGUUGCAAUAAGUUUUGCAGUUCCAGCUGCUACUAAAGGGUCUAUCCAUCUAGAUGAUUUUUGUUUUUCAGCAAUUUGUUUCUUAAAUCGUUCAUAAAGAACCCAUUGGAUUGUACUUUCUGAUACUCCUAAGUACGAAGCGCUCAUUCCUCGGUAUAAACUAUAAAACCCUUCUUUCUGGAUCGUCUUUUUUAUACAAUCCCAUGUAUUUCGAUACGUUUUUAUUGGUGCUUUAUCAAGUUGUAGGCGUGUUUUAAUCAUCCAAAUAGGAUUUGUUAUUGUAGAUGUAACUAUUCCUGCUGAAAUCGCUGACAUUAUGUGGAUCCAACUUGAUUCAUUGUUAUUAAAAUAUUUUACAAAAAUCUUUUUAGUAUUUUCAUAUGUAUAAAAGUGAAUUGCUCUACUCAUCAAUUAAAAAUUAAACAAUAUAUUAACUUGGAUAAAUGCCUGGCUGGAACAACUCCAAUAAGAUUAGGUCCUAAUCCUUUAAAGAAACCAGAACUUCCUUCGAUAUGAUAAAUAUUGCUAUUAAAAAUAGUUAUCAAUAUUGAUAAUAAACUCAAGAAAUAUUACAUAAAAAGAUGAUAAGCUGGAAAUAAACGUAUUCCGUAGGACGAAAAUGCUGAAAAGGCUGGUGAACGAUAAAAACGAUGUUCACUUUGAAGACGAGUUUUAAUAAUAUCCAAAGGAGAUGUACAAAUAGCUGCGAUCAUUCCUGCACAGCUAAAAAAAUAUAUAAGUUAAAGAAAAGAUAUUAAGAAAUGUUUACCCGCCUGCCAGGAAAUGAGCCGAAGGUGGCACAACUACUGGCGCGGCUGCUGAUAAAGUGUCGUAAUUAGUAGGCUGAAUGGAUAGAAUGAUUAAUAUUAACAAAUAUAUUAAAUAAUCGCGCUAUAUGUGUAAUAUAUACAUUUUUAAAGUGAAUAAAUAUUGAAUUAAUUUAUUAGUUUUUUAAUUAAGGGUAAAGCCCUCGAUUUUUUAUCGGAUUUCUCAAAAUAUUUUUAAUAUAUUCAAAGCAUGUAAUAUAAAAUGUUUUAUAUAUUUAAAGUAUAAAAUCAAACAGUUAUAUGAUUUACUGUUUUACAAUGUAGUUUCAUAGGGAGAAAUUCGUACAGUUUCUGGUAAUGAAUCAACAGUUACUACAUGUGCAGGUUGAGGUCCUUUCGGUUGUCGCUUUAAGCAUAUAUAUUCUAUUAGAGGUGGAGGUUAGAUAAUUUAAAAAAUGUUUAAACAUACCUCCUUUCUCACGUGCUUGUUGACGUAAUCGUGCAUUCUGUUUAACACGCUGUAUAAAAUCAUCCCUGCAUUUAGAAUGACGAACAUGUUCAACACGAAUAUUAAGACGUUUAGCGAUACAUCGAUGGCCAGUACGUUUAUAUACAAGAACGUUUACUGAGGAUUUUGUGACACCAAAAAUUUUGCCUG